AUGGCUCUGAAGGAGCUUCUUGGCCAUCGUGGCUAUCUCUCUGCUGCGCACCGCUGGUCUCCUCAGAGGACAGGAGGCCACGUCGUACCUGUGGCAAUGCCAGAGCAUCGUAAAAUGUCGGAAAGGUCUACAAGAGACAGUGUCUCGUCAAAGAGAAGGAGAUUCUGGUCACUCUCUUCAAGUUCGCGCCGGCCGCUCAUUUCAGCCCCUUCAGACUUUCGCCAUGUAUCAACUGCUGCCGAUCCAUUUCUUGAUUAUCCUGAGCCUACGCCAUCGAGGGCUUCGAAUCUUCGACCUGCGAAACAGUUACCUCAUCGCCCUUACCGACCACUCGAGCUGAGCAUCUAUCAGUCCGACAAUCGUGUGUCUCCUAUCAUGCCUCACUUUGACCCAAGGCCUGCGAACCCGGCUCCCUCAUCAGACUAUUCUGAGUGUGUGUCGGAUUUGCCGGAUAGCCAACCCGAAGAAGUGAAACCUUCAUUGGAGCAUCAGAAGAGCUUCUCAGAUUCUCCCAUGUCAUUUCACUUUCCACGUCGCCAAGCUAUGGGAAGUGCUCCUAGUUCCUCUCAUGGAGAAGAUGAGAUCCCACCUUUAAUCCCCCCCAAGUCACGGAGUCGUCCUCGCGCGUAUAGCUCGCCAGAUGUAGAAAAGGUCAAGGAACGAGUUGCGAGUGCCAUGCUAGAGGUUGAAAAGCUUCAGAAGCAGAUUGACGAUGUCAUCGAAAGACAGAGUCUUUAUGUUCCUAGUCGACCACCAACUCCCCACUCGAUCGCCCGAACUAUGCCCGGUAUGAGCUCGAUCUACGGACCUGGUGACGAACCGGUCCCGCUGACUUCCUCAGACUUGGAGCCCAUGCCGUCAAUUCCCGCCCUUCCCCCAGCAGCUCCUUCUUUUGCUCAGCGCCUCAACUCUGAUAUCAUUGAAAGGCCGCACACAGCACCCAUUAGGUCUCCUCGUACGCCCGUGAGGGCUCCUAUUAUACCACCUCGCCGAUCCCGAACUCCUGGUGAGCAAAGGUCACCUUCUACCCCUCCUUCUCGUCCCAGGCGAGAGGAUAUGACCCCACCGCCACCUCUACCUUUAGUACUUCGACCUCCUCUGAGGAAGAAGAAGUCUUUUUCCCGGGUGUCGAGCUGGCUCUUCCCCGGGUCACAGCAUAGCCGUAACAUGAGUUUCGACUCUGUCACCAACGCUCCUCGCCCUAUCAGGGGCAACCAAGGUUUUUAUCAAGUUUCGCUGGGCGGAGCAUCAGAACAUCGGCGGAGCACAGAAUCAGUCGAUACUGUCACUAGACUACGCGGCAAGAACUGGUUUCUGGGCGGCAGGGACCUAUUGGCUCUCAUAAGCAUCUACAACAUCCCUGUCAAGAUAACCGAAUCAGUAGAGAUGGUUCGACUUCCGCGCGACGACGCGCCUUCAGAAGCGAAUCGUUCAGAUGUAUCUGAUGCCGAUGCUGAGAGAGGACGACUACUAUCUGAAAAUGAUGAUGAAGCUGAAGAGAGCUAUGCGGACGCCGAGCGACUUGAGAAUUGGCAUACAGAGCACAAGCGUCGAGAGACUCGACGAUGGAGCUACCUUGUCAUGGUAAUCAGCACGGUUGCAUUGAUCACAGUCCUUGCUAUUUGGGUUCACAACAACACACUAUCAUCUGGAUGUGAGUAUGACGGAAGCUGCAAUGACAUUUCCAAGCUUUGGGGACAGUAUUCUUCCUUCUUCUCUGUCCCAUCAGAGAUUGAUUCAUCAACACCGGAUGAUUGCGAGGUCGCCAUCGGAAUCGCCUUGUCUCGUCAUGGAGCCCGAUAUCCAACCGCUGGCAAGACUACAGCAUACAGCGCCACCAUUGCCCGCCUCCAGAAAUCAGUGACCAACUAUGGCAAGGGCUACGAAUGGCUCAAGGACUACAAUUACAACCUCGGAUCUGAGGAUCUGACCGAUUUUGGUCAAGAUCAGAUGAUCGAUUCUGGAAAGGCUUUUUAUGAACGAUACAUCGGACUCGCUGAAAAGACGGAGCCUUUCAUCAGGGCAUCAGGAUCCGACAGAGUUAUCAUGUCGUCUCACAACUUCACACAAGGCUUCUAUGCCUCCCGAGGAGAGUCUGGAGAUGAUUACACCGGUGGCAUUCUUGUAAUUCCCGAGGAGCCCGGUAUCAACAACACAUUAUCACAUGGAACAUGUAGCUCGUUCGAGGACAAUGAUGAGGUUGGCGGCAACAGUGCGCAGACCGCCUGGGGAAACAAAUUCCUGCCUCCUAUUCGGGACAGACUCAACAGAAAUCUGCACAAAGCCAAACUGUCGCUACAGGAGACCAUCUAUCUCAUGGAUCUGUGCCCUUUUAACACAGUCAACACUCCUGACGGCGUGGGACAAUCCCGAUUCUGCGACCUUUUCUCCACGGAAGAUUGGCGAAGCUACGAUUACUACAUGACUCUGGGCAAAUACUAUGAAUACGGUAAUGGCAACGUAAUGGGACCAACUCAGGGUGUAGGAUAUGUCAACGAGCUUGUCUCUCGAUUGACAAGGAAACCUGUUGAUGACCACACCACAACCAAUCGCACGUUGGACGCCAAUCCUGAGACAUUUCCCCUGGACAGGGCGCUAUAUGCAGACUUCAGCCACGACAACACCAUGGUAUCUAUUUUCUCAGCAAUGGGUCUGUACAACUCGACAAGCAAGCUGCCGAAACAUCAUAUCGUGCCAGCUAUCCGAGCACAUGGCUACUCAUCAGCAUGGGUAGUCCCCUUUGCUGCGCGUAUGAAUAUGAAACUCUGCAGGGACUUAAACGUAUUUCUCCACUACACCAGGCCACUGAUACUAAAUUCAGAGCCGGGCAUCAGCGCCAAGCUCACUAAGCGGGAUCACAGAAAGAUGGUGUCGACGGCAGGAGGUAUCGUAAUCGCCAUUAUCGUCCUGCUCGUUGCAGGAGCUGCCGGAUGGGUUGUAUUUACACAGCUUCGCGCUCGCAGACUCGGCCUUCCCCCUCCAAGUCUCGCCUCUUAUCUACCAUGGCAUAAAGAAGACAAUGGCUAUGGGAUACAGCCGGCCCCAAGCGGCAUCAAGGGUUGGUUCAACGAUGUCAUCCGCAAACUCAAGAACCGCAACAACCGAUCCGCCGCAGGCGCUUACGAGCAGUCUGGCGGUGCCCGCGGCCGUCGAGGCUUCGGUCCGCUCGACCCUGAUGAAGCGUGGGACUCGCGCGUUGGAAACGAAGCAGACCAAUAUGGAUACUAUGAGGAGGACGUUGGUGGUCGCGGCCGGGACACCGGAUAUGGCGGUGGUUACAACAUGAACCUCGCGGCGACGCCGGGAUUGUCGGGCGGACGAGGAUUCGGCGACGAGGAGGAAGAUCGGGGUCGUAGGGCGAGCAGAAGUCCUGCGUCGGGACCUGGAGGACGAAACCCCUUCGAUGACGAUGCUGGUUCAAGUUUGCGCGGCGUGAGCCCUCGACCUAUCGACACGGGAGUUGCGAAACCCAAGAACAGAAGCGGCAGCGCCGAGAGCAGUCCGACAGAGCGACGGUCUGUGUUUAGGGAGAACAUGUAG